GUGAGGAGAUCACACCAGGAAGCCUCAUAUCAAGGAGCUAACAGACAGGAGGCGAGCAACUCUGACUCAGCCCUCAGACAGAGAGAAAGACCUCCCCAGACCGUUACCUCGAUGCUGUAUGAAGGUGGAGUCAUUUGGGGGUAGAGAGAGAGAGAGAGAGAGAGGGAGAGGGAAAGAGAUGAGGAGAGAGCGAGAGGAGCAGGGCAGCAGAAGACAGAUGGAUUAUCUGACAUGCGCCUGGACUGACCAAUGUUCCUCUUUAAGGUUUUGAACCCUGUUUUUUCUCCUCAGAGUAAAAUCUGAAAAUGCUUUCCUGCACAUUUGGAGUGUAGCAGCUAUCGGACAGGUAUACUGUGUGGUGCACCUUUUUUGAUUUCACUGGAACUAAGGAAUUUUACACAUGGAAAACUUUCUACCUGGAUAUAAGUGAACUUUAUAUUUUUUUCUUUGCUUUUUUUUCUUAAAUUGAGCAACUGCCUGGAAAUACAAGGGCCCCACUGGAGCAGAAUAAUAGAAGAAUAACUUCCACAAACAAUUUAGAAAGAAGUAGAAAACGGAAGGAAAGUGGAAAAGAGAUUUGUUAGCGUAAUACAGACACAUAGUAAUCGGUGGGUGGUUUUCUUUUACGUAAUCUUUGCUCAUUCAAACUGAUUUAUUUUCCAAUACAGACGUGGACUGGAGAUUUGUGAUCAUCCGCUUAUAAUAGCCUAAAACAUUUCAACUGUGGAGAAGAGAACUCAAUGGAAUUGUUGAACAGUCAAAAAUAAUUUAGAAGGAAAUCUAAGAAUUACAUACAGCUGCCAAAUAAUUUGGACUCUGCAGGGGGACCAUCUCCCCCAGUCUGGACUGUGGAGGGCUCCCCUCCCUGCCCUCCAAGCCUUUCCUCGACCCCAGCAGCAUGUCCCAGGCUCUGAGGCUGCCUCUAGUCCUCCACACAGCACACUACCAUGAUCAGAUGGGCUGCUGGAGGGAGUAAGGCUGCCUUUGCCUCGUCCUGCUCCAGGGCUGGGUUAGGGGAUCAUUCUGGUUCUACGACCAGCUCCAGACUAAGAUCAUCAACACUGCUUUCCUCCCUGUCUUUGCCUCUCCUGAUUACCCUGGUGGUUUUCUCCUUCUCCCUACCUGGGGCGGCCUGCCAUCAGCUCCACAGAGACAGACUGAGGCUCCCAAACCCACGAACUCUCAGGCUCCCACUGAACAUUUCUGAGACUGAGCUUGUGUCUAGGCCCAGGGCCACUGGGGGCCCCCUGGGCCGGACUGGGGGACCACAGGGUAGGCAUGUGCGCAGCUACAACCAUCUCCAAGGGGACAUACGUAGGAGGAAGCUGUUCUCUUUCCAGAAGUUUUUCCUGAGGAUCGAUAAGAAUGGAAAGGUCAAUGGAACCAAGAGCAAGGAUGACCCCCUCAGUAUUCUGGAAAUCACAUCGGUGGCCGUGGGAGUAGUGGCCAUCAAAGGGCUGAACAGCAACUACUAUCUGGCUAUCAGCAGGAAGGGAGAACUGUACGGAGCGAGAGAGUUCGGUGUUGACUGCACCCUGAAGGAGCGGAUUGAGGAGAACGGCUACAACACUUAUGCAUCAGCCGAGUGGAAGAACAAGAAGCGGCAGAUGUUUGUGGGUCUGAAUGUCCACGGGAAGCCACUGAGAGGGAAGAAAACCCGCAGGAAGAACACGGCCACCCACUUCCUUCCAAUUGUGGUGUGAACUGAAGAACUCAACUGGAGAAGGAGGAUAUGCAGCACUGGACAGAGAGGUUUUCAAUACUGAAAAAAGCUGUAAAAUAAAGACAUUCACCGAGAAAUCUCUCAUUUGGAAACAAGGCACUAACACUGUUACUCAAAAGUAUGAUCUCUGCUCCUGACUGAGAUCAUGUACUUUAUUUGGUGGGAGAAGAUGAUAUCUGUGUUUUCUAUGGCACAGGAUGCAAUAUUUAUCCUUUUUUUCUGUGCCAAACAGUUUGCAACUGGAGUAUGUGUGUAAUGUGGAUACUGUCCCGGCUGUGGUAGAUGAAGACAUUUUUCGAGAUGUUAUUUAUAAUCCAAAUUCUCCUGUGAGACUCCAGAUAAUCCACAACAUAAAGGGGAGAGAUGGAAGAGGGAAAUGGAUAAGAUGAGGGAAAUGAUCGGUCAGUUUAUCAUGACAGCAUUAAAUAAUAGAGGAAACAACACAUUUAAAGCAAAUGUUUGAUACUUAACCACUGUGUUUUGACUGUAUUGUAAUGAUUUAUUUAUUUUGUGAAAUAUUUAACUGGAGGGGAACACGUACAAGGCAAGCAUUCCUUUGCAUUCUUUACUUUUUAUAGGAACUCCAUUAUGUGAAAAUAAAAUACCAUUUUCUCCUCUGCAA